GCGGCCUGCCCGAGGGGGCCGCCGCCCCCGGGAGGCCGCGCCGCCGGGCGGCCACAGUCCCGGCCCCGGCCCCGGCCCCGGCCCCGGCCCCGGCCGGGCGUCCCGCAGCGGGUGCGGCCGAGCAAGGCGGCGAGGACGCGGGCCUGAGGCGCUGGGCAGCGAGCGCCCCCGCCGGCGUGACGAGCGGCGGCGCCCGCCCGCCUCCCGCCCCGGAGAGGAGGCAUGCCACCUUGCUUUGAAUUUGUGCCAUUGGAAGUAAUCGGACUCCAGGGCUGAAAACAAGUGGGAAGCAAUUAGACAGAUUUUACAGCCAGCUCCUGUUUGACCUGCACCACCAGUGAAUCAGUUGGAGAAGGAAAUAGUUGUUCGUGAUUUGUCAUCUUACUGCUCAUGCACACAGUUCAUGAUCAAGACAAGGGGACACACCUUUCUCCAGGAGGAGAUUGAGCAACACCUGACAAGGUCAUAAUGGUUUCCAUCCCUGAAUACUAUGAAGGAAAGAAUGUCCUCCUGACAGGAGCUACUGGCUUCAUGGGGAAGGUACUUCUGGAAAAGCUGCUCAGAUCUUGUCCUAAAGUGAAAGCAGUGUAUGUAUUGGUGAGACACAAAGCAGGGCAGACACCUGAAGCGCGAAUAGAGGAAAUAACCAGCUGUAAGCUCUUUGACAGGUUGAGAGAAGAGCAGCCAGACUUCAAGGCAAAAAUAAUAGUAAUUACAAGUGAACUUACACAGCCUGAACUGGAUCUUAGUGAACCAAUCAGGGAGAAGCUUAUAGAAUGCAUCAAUAUUAUAUUUCAUUGUGCUGCUACAAUCAGAUUCAAUGAAACACUAAGAGAUGCUGUUCAGUUAAAUGUGAUUGCCACACAACAGCUCCUCUUCUUGGCCCAACGGAUGAAGCACCUAGAAGUGUUCAUGCAUGUUUCAACCGCGUAUGCAUAUUGCAAUCGAAAACACAUUGAGGAGAUAGUAUAUCCGCCUCCUGUUGAUCCCAAGAAACUGAUGGAUUCUCUAGAGUGGAUGGACGAUGGUCUAGUGAAUGAUAUUACUCCUAAACUGAUAGGCGACAGGCCCAAUACUUACACAUACACAAAAGCCUUAGCUGAAUAUGUAGUACAGCAAGAAGGUGCAAAAUUAAACACAGCCAUUAUAAGGCCAUCUAUUGUUGGUGCUAGCUGGAAGGAGCCUUUUCCUGGAUGGAUUGAUAACUUCAAUGGGCCUAGUGGUCUUUUCAUUGCUGCAGGAAAAGGAAUUCUUCGAACAAUGAGAGCCUCCAACAGCGCAGUAGCAGAUCUCGUUCCAGUAGAUGUUGUUGUCAAUACAACCCUGGCUGCAGCCUGGUAUUCUGGAGUUAAUAGGUAUAGCAGACCAAGAAAUGUCAUGGUAUAUAACUGUACAACAGGUGGCACCAACCCUUUCCACUGGGGUGAAGUUGAAUACCAUGUAAUUUCUACUUUCAAGAGGAAUCCUCUCGAACAGGCCUUCAGACGGCCCAAUGUAAAUCUAACUUCCAAUCACCUUUUAUAUCAUUACUGGAUUGCUGUAAGCCAUAAGGCGCCAGCAUUCCUGUAUGAUAUCUACCUCAGGAUUACUGGAAGAAGCCCAAGGAUGAUGAAAACAAUAACACGUCUUCAUAAGGCCAUGAUGUUACUAGAGUACUUUACAAGCAAUUCUUGGAUCUGGAAUACUGAAAAUAUGACUAUGCUAAUGAAUCAACUAAACCCUGAAGACAAAAAGACAUUUAAUUUUGAUGUUCGACAACUGCAUUGGGCAGAAUACAUGGAAAAUUACUGUAUGGGAACAAAGAAAUAUGUGCUGAAUGAAGAAAUGUCUGGCCUCCCUGCAGCUAGGAAACACUUGAAUAAGUUAAGGAACAUACGCUAUGGCUUCAAUACAGUUCUUGUGAUCCUGAUCUGGCGUAUCUUUAUUGCAAGAUCACAAAUGGCAAGAAACAUCUGGUACUUUGUGGUUAGUCUGUGUUACAAGUUCCUCUCCUACUUCAGAGCCUCCAGUACUAUGAGAUAUUGAAGAAGAGAAUUUAGCAUUAGGACAUCUAUGCAUAUGGUGGUCUAACUGCACAAAGCCUGUAACACGUAGUCAUCUCAUAAAAGCAUAAUUUCAUCUUAAAUCGGAGUGCAAAAUAUACAGUAUGGUAUAUGUAAUGUUAAUUGUGUAUUUCCAUGAAAACAGAAAAUAUAAUGGUCAGGUGCCAGGUUGAAUUGGCAUUGGACAAACAUUUAAAACAACUUCUUGACCUGGGGAAAACAUUUUUAGACCACUGACCAGCAUAACUGUGCAAUUUGGAAUGCGUUUGAUUGAAAUCUGCCUUAACCUAAGUUGUGUGGUUUUUUUGGUUUUUUGGGUUUUUUUUUUAGUUUUUACUCCACAUUGAGCAAGAUAAAUAUUGACUUACUAGUUGCUAGCUGUUGUAGACGUAUUUAUUUGAAAUUCUUCUAAAUUGUGAAGGGUUUUAUCAAGUUGCAAACCUGUAUAAAUGAUGGUGCAUCUCCUGGGAAAAAAUCGCAGGACUCUUCUGUAAUCUGUUUUUACUUUUUGCUGCUUUCUCCCUUCCUCUCAAAGUAAGGAUGUUAAGGGUGACUACUUUGCUAUUAAAAAAAAAAAAAAUCCUUCCUUAAUUACUGAAAGGCCUUUUGUCUGAUCUCGUCUUCAGAACGCACUCACUGAUUCAGAUCUGUGCUUGGAAUUAGCUUCGUACAACUUGGGUUUGUGUCAGCAUGAACAAUUUGCUUUUCUGAAAGCAGAGUCGAUCCAAUCAUUGAAUAGAUAGAAGGAAAUGUAACCCUGAAGAAAGAUACGAGUCACUGACCAUCCUCUUUCUUUAAUGAUUUUAUUGGAAACACAGAACCAGCACUUGAGUGUUACAUUUACCUUUUAAAGUCAAGUGUAUUUGAAAGGAGUUUCAUAUGCUUAAUUGCUAUUUACAAUACUGAUGAUUGUAGUUGGACAGACUGUAGGCUAUUAAGAGAUAAACCUGUCUUUAAGUUUUGAGCAAAGUUAGCAAAUUCUUUGUAAAUUAGGAUUUUUCUUUAAAUCUCUCCAAGCUAUGAAGUUUGCAUGGAAAAUGCCAAUGCAUUGGGGCAGGGAGGAAGAAGUGUGCUUGUAACACCCUCAUUUCACUGGACAAGCAGAGGGAGAUGCACCUUGCUUCUAAAUUGAAGUAUGUUAAUUCUCCAUCUAUUAAAUCUGAAGAAAUUUGUUUUCCAUGUGUCUGUUUUGGUAGGGAAAAUAUUUAUUAAAAUAGCAGAUGCAAGAAAAGAUAGAAUCCCUGUUUAAAGCAGCACACGAAGUUCCCUUUAAAUUUUGGUGGCAUAGACUUCUAGUUGAAAACAUUGUAACGUUCCUCUUACUUAUGCACUGACCAGCACCCUUGCCCAGUGUUUGCUCAUUAAAUAUCAGUUUAUACUUUACAUGAAUAACAUGUUCUUAAAUCUGCUUGAAAAGGCAAAUAAUAACUUAAUUACACAAGAACUAUGCUAUGCUUGCCCUUGGUAGUUUUUUGUCCUGUUUGGAUUAAGUGUGUAAAGAACUUAUUUUGCUAUUCUUGUGAAGACCUUACUUUAAAGAGAACACCUUUCAUGCAGGCAUAUAUCUCAUUCUGAAAAGAUAAUGGCUUCCUUGUUGAAGCUAAAUGUUCUGUAGUAACUAGUUAGACUGUAAUUCCCUCUUUUUUUUGUUUUUGUUUUUGUUUUUUUUUUUGUUUACCUAUGUAUAUACAAAGUUAGUGAUUAAAAGCCUAAAUGGUCUAGGACCACAUUUUGUGUGAGAGACCUGACUGUGGCUGAAAAUAAAUUAUGGCUUCUGUGAUGGAAGAUGUUAGACUUUAACAAAUACAUUUAGGUGUAUUACAUAGUAGUUGCCUCCUCAAGCAUCCUCUUACUCAACCCAAAAUUAUGCUUCAGUAUUCCUACACUGUAGACUUUUUUUUUUUCCAGAGGUGCCUACAAUCCAAUGACACCCCCCUUCCCGUGCUGGCAUGUGACUGAAGUUGGCAAAAAAAACAAAUACAUGAACAUUGUGAAAUUUAUUUCUGUGAAACAAUUCACUUACAAAUUUUGGUUAUUUAUAAUCAUUAUAUAUGAUACUUUCUAUGUUGAUUUCUUAAUACUGAGGACUACAGAGCCAAUGAAUUGAUUAUUUCUGGUCCAGAACACUGGUUUAGGAAUUUAUUUUAUUGAAUAAUUGAAGUAAAGCAUUAUUUUUAGCAUAAGAAUAUCUAACCUCUACUCUUUCAACAUUGCCAUUUUAGAAACCUAACUUUUCUCCCCUUUGGAGACCACAGUUAUCUGUGCACUAUUGGUAUCUUGCACAAACUCAUCAGUCAUCCUAUUUAAUUGACAACAGAUUCAAUAUCACACUUUAGUUUUGUCACUUCCUGUGGUCAGUCUGUAAAAUUCUAUAUGAAACUACCUUUUUUCCAUAUCAAGACCCUAUUCUGUUGCAGUCUUUCAUACCAGUGUUUGCACAUAACAGAUUUUGAUCAAAAAAUAUACAGGAACUAUAUUUUGAUACAGUCAGCUAGAUUGACUGAAUUGACUAGCAAGUUACAGGAGGUACUCUGACUGGUUAAAUAGGAAGACGGGCAGUUUGAAACCAUGUGUUCACUUAAGAGUUAUAUUGGUAUUUAAAUUUGGGACCAGGAAAAGUUGCAUUUUCCUGUAAUGUUUUUUUCUGCUGUAGGAACAGAUGUUCUGAAACAAAAAUGCUAAAUCUGUGAGCUUUUAUAAGACAUAAACAGAAAUAUUGGGUGCCUUUGUUUGUAAACCAAAAAUAAACAAAUCCCUUUAAAAUGUU